AUGGCAUUAGACCAAGAAGACCGUGAAACAGUUUACCUUGCCAUGGCAAUUACAUGCUCGCUAACUCCACCCCUCCGUGAGUGAACAAAAUAAUUUUGGGUUAAUUUUUUUUUUUUAUAUAAAAAUUUUAUAAAAAAUUUUUUUUCAAAAUUUUAAAAAAAUCUAAUUUGCAAAAAUUUAUUAAUAUAAUUUAUAAAAUUUAUUUUAAAACGCAAUUUGUUAAAAAUUAAACAGAAUUAGCUUGAGAUUUCAUUAUAGUAAUUAUCACUUAUAUAGCAAUUUUUUUUCAUAAAAAAUUUUUCUAUUAAAAAAGUUUUUGUUCACUUACGGAGGGUGGAUUUUUGGGCAAAAAAAGGGGAUUUUUCCAAUGGUUUUGUUCACUCACGGAGGGUGGGGGGAGUAAGUAUAAUUGGUUCACUUUUUGUUUGCUCUGCUUUUAUUCUUCUUAAAGACUUAAGAGUAUUCGCUUUUCGGCUGGUUUCAUAUCUUGCGUUUACUGAUAUGUGUGCAGCCUUGGGUAUUUGCUAUUUAGUUCUAAUAUUUCCAAAUAAUGGCAGCACUGAUACAGCAUGCAAAAUUCAAUCUGCUUUGAGCUCUUACUUCACAUUUUCUGAAACACUUUUUACUUCAGUGAUUGCUCACGCUCUUUAUUCUGCAGUAAUAGCUCAUAAAAAUAUAGAAGUUUAUCACAAAAAAUAUCUGCUGUAUGGCUUUGGGAUUCCAAUUAUUCCUGCAAUCGUUCCUUGAAUUGGGGAUCAUUAUGGAUUUUCAGGAGGCUGAUGCUGAAUUAAAGGAGAUGACUACUACGAAAUAAUUCUAGAAUACGCGUUAUUUUACAUUCCUUUAUGACUUGUUCUCGCUUACAUUACUUAUGUGCAUGCCAAAGUAAUAAAGCAGAUAAGUAGUGACGCUACAACUAGCAAUAAAGAAACUCUUUUGAGAAAAAAAUUGGUGAGGAAGUUAAAACUAUAUCCUCUGGUACUUUUACUAUGCCAGACUCCUAUUUCUAUCUAUCGAGUAUUUUUGUCGAUACAAUACUGGACUGGUCAACUAUAUAAAGAGCCAACACUAGUUAUUAUCAUUCUUGGCGGGGUAAGUCUAUGUUCACAUGGAUUUUUGAAUUCUUUGGUAUAUGGAUUUACUGGUGCAGUUAGGAAAAAGAUAAGGUUAGGUUAGGCUUUUUAAAAAUCAGGCGUUAGCCAUGCUAGUGACGCAGUCUCCAAAGGCCUACCAUAUGGAAGGUUCUACCGCUUUCGGCUCCAGCCCAGAGGGUCUAUUUCCCGAAAAGGGUUCCACUUCUGAACCUUCUGUCUCCUCCUUGCCUUGCGGCUUUAGGCUUGAGUGGGAGCUCUAUGGAUUUCUGCGGCCCUGCAGCGGGCGAUUGGAGUUGUUUAAUUUUAAGGAUCGGUUCUUGGAGUCUUUCGGGUGCUGAAGUGCCUUUCAUCAGCGGCUGCAGGAAAAAGACUGAUCCCCUGCGGCCUAUGCUGAAACCUAGUUUAUUGGCUAGAAAUGUCCAGAUAAGUUUCACCAUUUGACUUUAUUAGGAAAAAGAGAUAAAGCAGCUUAUUUGCAGAAAGAAAAAGACACCAGUUGAGGAUUCAAUGAUGUAUGAUAUUCUUAAAGAUGAUUCGACUAGUCCUGCUAAAGAUUUUUAA